CCGGGUUUUGACGUUUGCGUACGACGAAAGCGAGAAAAGGGUCCGUCGUCGGUUCGGUUCCGAAUAAAACUCAAUUUUUCGCAUAUUCACGCGGAGAAUAUUGGCCGCGAAUUAUCGUAAAACAGAACACACUGUUUACGGCUUAACUUUGUGGUGAAAAUUGAGGCGGGGCUAAGUGGAAAACUAGUGAAACAUUGAAUUUUUCUCAAGCCCUCGAAAAGUAGCAAUUGUGAAGAAAGGUGAAAAAAAGUGCCAGCAAGUAAACUGCAAGCGUCGAAGUGCGUAUAGUGGCUGUGCCCUGAAGGGUGUGCCGCAGGGAGGAUUUCCGGCAGUCUGCCAACGACAUUGAGAGCCACUUAACUCUACGUGCGGCUUGGUUUCGUUUACCAUUCGAAUUUCGAAGAAGUGACAGAAAGAAGAAGACGAAAUUUGUCGUAGCUUUUUCCUUUUGUUUGCGUGCUGUUCUUCUUUUCCGAUCAAGUCUGAAGCCAUCGGGAAAUAGGAGUAGCGAAGAAAAUUUCUGACUGCUGAUGAGAAUAGUUCGCUUACGGUAGGGCAAGCAAAGUGGUAGCAAGUUUUAUUUUUUCUUCUCAAUCGUUUUGGUGUUAACUAUCGUCUCGUAACCGAGCGGAAAGUGUGCUACGAUCGGAAGUAUGUACCAGCAGAUCGUCGCUUGAUACAGGGCACCAUUGUUGUGGAAACGAAAAGCGUGAACAUUUGUGCCGCAGCCCGUCGUUCACAACACAGCCGGAACGAUGUUGUCCCCCAGUGCGGUGUGUCAUGGAUCAUACUAAAACGAAGCCGCACGAGUGUUACGAGUUUCUCGAUUUGACCGACGUUGAUGAUUGCGUGAAGAACGCACUGGCUUCCACUCUGUAUACUGGGCCGGCUUCAGCUGGUGUUGGGGGUGGUGGUGUUGGUGGUAGUAAUGGUAACGGAAACGGCGGUGACGACAGUAAUUCAGGUGGCUUCAAGGGUAAUCGCAAGCAGUAUCGCACCCGUCGGAGACAAUCCAAUGCGUCCUCUGUGAUGUCAUCAUCGGACGGAUCUGGAGUGUACGAAUACAUUCCGUACGAUACCCGUCGGUAUCCAGCCUAUCCGCAUCUGGUAACGGCCACCUAUCCGUCCAGUCAUUCUGCGGGUCUGCCGGAGUAUCAUCAUAGUCCCCAAUUUCCGUACAGUGUAGCUCCGAUCAUCGUAGAUGGUUCCAGUGGAUUUUAUCGGCACUCAUCGACAGCUCCGACGAAGCGAACCAGCCAUUCGCGAUCUACGGAUCACGCGGUCACUACGGGAAGAGCAUCGCACCACUACCAUCCGCAGUCACAGGUGCCGCCACCAUCCUGGUCGCCGGUAGUGGUGGCUUCUUCCGCCUCUUCCGCCUACACACUGCCAAACAGUUCUGCAAACACAAGCCUAGAGACGCCUUACACUGAAUUUGACGAGUGCGACCAUCAGCUCAGCUGCCCGCCCGGCUGCUAUCACGUUAUUGGCGAUAGAAACUUUGUCCCGCCAAUAGUAGACACUUCAACCGCAACGGCUGCAUCUACACCGGUGACGACUACUAUGCCUCCUCAUACCACCAAUCCCCAGUAUCAGUCGCAACAACAGCAGCAACAAGCGCAGCAACAGCAGCACCAACCGCAACAACAAUCACAAAGCCAGACGCAAACAUCACAGGUCCAACCAGGGAACGGUCAUAAUGUAACAGCGAGUGUUAGCCGUGGUGCCGGCGAGCAGCAAACCAUUGUAGCUGCUCCCUCGGCUUCUCAUCAAGCCAUGUACCCAUCGCAGCCGAUUCCGACAGGUUAUAUGGCUGGUGGACCGCAUGGAAAUACGAUGUACCCGAUGCAAGUCAUUCCUCAGCCUUUGCCGGGAAACGUUUACGUCAGCAAUCUGACCGCAAAUGUUAAUGUGCAUGGUUUCAUGCCACAUGGAAUGCCUGCAUCCUACAUGACAGCAGCAGGUACCCCUCCGGGACCAACUACAGGUGCGUUCAUCGCCAGCGAAGUGCCCCCCGUUGGUGGACAUGAAAUGAUAGGGCAGGUAAUGGGGCCGCGUGGAGGCGACGCGCGUGGAGCGAUCAGGCGUACUGGCAGAAGUAGCCGAAUUGGAAGUGCACCCCGACCGCGCGGUACCUUUGUGCCACACCACGUGGCACAACAACCUAUUGUUGUUCAGCAAGGACAACCACAGCAACCUAUUCCACAGGGACAAAAUCAACCGCAGCAACAGCAACCGUCAACACCACAACCACAGCAGCAGGGACAAAGCCAGAGUCAACAGACGCAGGUACAGCAACCACCACAACAGCACACACCGGAGCUCGUUCAGCAUCCGAUGACGAUGGAACCGCAGCAAAUGAUGAGUCCAGCACAAGCUUACGGAUACGGUGGCGGAUAUUAUUUCCCAUUACAGUUCUAUCAACCCCACGUUCAAGGUCAUCACCCGUCGGCACAACAUGCAACUGGAGCACCGAUUUUCCAAGUGCCGAUGUACCCAACACCAAUGUACAGUUACUCGCCAGGAGUCAUGUACCCGGCAAUCUAUCCACCAGAAUAUCCCAUGUACGACGACAAAGGGGAUGAACAUAACCCUCAGCAAGCGCCGGAAGAAGUCAUGCAUCCAGCAAUGUGGCAACCACCAACAAUGUUGGAGUAUAAUCCUGAUUCGGCAGAGUACCUUCCGCAUGAGGAUGACGGUGCGAUGAUGCAACCUGUGCCACCCACUAUGCAGCCAAUUGCUCACGUUCUCGACCCCAAUGUCCCGAAUUUCACCAUGCAAAUGGGACCUCCAACUCCAAUUCCAGCGGAUGCCGAGUAUGAAGACAUGACUCCUGCUCCAUCCGAUGAUUAUAACGUUAUCAACAACAACGCUAUGAUGUCUCCCUCUGCCAACCUGAUGUCGUCCCCAUCUUCGAAUGCUUCGUCACAGCAAAAUUUGACCCAAAACGACAUCUACAUUGUGCCACAGCAACAACCGCAACCUCAACUUGAGUCUCAACAGCUGCAGCAACAGCAACACGCUCAACUCAUGGAAAUACCACCUCAUGAGACACAAAUCAUUCAUCACGAUCAGCAGGCGAUGAUUGACGAAGAAAACAAUUACAUAAUCGAAGAAGAUCAUGACCAUCAGGUGCUAUAUAGUCAACCGAUGAGUCCACCACCACAACAACAGCACACUCACAGUCAGCCUGUUCCCGUCGAGAAUUGCUAUAAUCCUGAACCAGUAGUCAUGCAAGCACAAACACCAAUGCAACCUGCUGAGCCACCAGCGGCGAUACUAACGCAAAGUUCACAAGUACAAGAACCAUCUCCGCCGCCACCGGUACCUUCCCUCAUACAAACACCAGUCGCUGUUGCACCCACAGUAACAUCCACACAUAUUCCAAUACCAUUACCGAUAACAAUAACCCAUGUACCCCCACCUCAGCUCAACAAACCACCUCCACCGAUUCCAAUAGAGUUCUUAAAACUCGAACAGCAGCAGCAACAAUUACAACAACAACAACAACAACAACAGCAGCAGCAACAACAACAGUCUCAUUCGGUUCUAAGCGACCCUACCAAUAACUCGAAAAAGAGAACCAGUGAGGUAGCCUCUGUUGCUACACCUGCCAUAGUCAACAAUAAGACUGGCAGUAACAGUGGAGAGCAACACAAGCCUGUGCCAAGCAAUCAGCACCAUAACCAGCAGGGAAUGGUGACUAGUAGCAGCAAGAGUCAAACGACUACUGCCGAAGAAAUGGCUCGGCUGACCAGAGCCGUUCAGGAAAAAUUCGUCCUAAAAGAUGACCGCCGUAAUAUGGCCUACAGAAGCACCUGGUCUUCGUCUUCUUCGCAUCUUCCAAACACCACGAUUUCUUCGUUCACAUCCUCUACGACCACCGUCGUGCAGCAUAACACUCAGCAGCAGAAGAAAGCAACCGCUUCCGUCUCUGUUUCGGCUAUCCCAAACAAGGAGUUCACUAGUAUCAGCAGCAGCUCUGGCAUGUCGGUCAGCUCGACCAAACCCUACUAUAAGAACACCUCACCCGUUCCAUUUACCACACUGAAAACUACUUCCGCCCCUCUGUCGAUGCAAAAGCAGCAACCACCACCACUUGCGCCACAGAAAUCUUUCACUUCGCUUGACCAACAACCGCCGCCGCUAACGUCCUCCAUGAUGGGCGGUCCAAUCAUGGAAUCGAAAAAAGUGGAAGCAAUACCUCAUCGCGAAAACCCAAUGCCGACGCCUCUUCCACCUCCAGGCCCGCCGCCGCUACUAUCAGUACCGCCUCCGCAGCCUCCCUACGCGCCAGGUCCCACCUCCUACGCACCUCCUCCAGUAACAACGGCCCCGCCCACUGCCAUGUCCUGGGCCAGUCUGUUCAACUCAUCUUCGUCGUCGUCCAAUCUGUCAUCGUCUAUUCAACCGGCAUCCGCCAGCAGUACUAUCAUACCACCACCGACAGCCAUCAACUCUCCAGCGCUUCCAACUCCGUCUCCUUUCGCACCUAGUUUCAUUCCCCAACUGCAGCGGGGUCAGCACUCGUCAUCAACACCAUCGUCAGCGUCACACACCGCAGCUCUACCCGCAUCAGCGCUGGACGCAUCUUCGUCAAAAAAGCCCAUCGCAAAAGUACUUCCAUUCGAUAAGAACAACAGUAGCAGCAGCAGUGGCUCAAAUACAGCUGGAAUGUCCUACUCCGCUGCUUCCGCACAAGGUCUCUCGUCUGGUUCCGGCAGUCAAUCGACCGGCGGUGGUGGCAAUAAGGGCAAAAAUGCCGCUGCCCAGCAGCAAUCGCAGCAGCAGUCGUCCACCUCCAGACCGGAACAGUUGGACGAGAAUACGCUCAAGCUCGGUGAGUUUCUAAGCGCUUACCAGAUCGAGAACAACAGCACCAGUAUCCAGCCACGAGGGCUAAUCAACCGAUCCAACUACUGUUACAUUAACGCCAUCCUGCAGGCACUGGUCGCCUGUCCACCGUUUUAUCAUCUGAUGCGCGCAAUUCGUUCGUUGCCGGCAGCUCGAAACAGCAAGCAUCCAAAGCCAUUCAUCGACGCUAUGACCGCCUUGGUGUCGGAGUUUUCUACCCUACAAUUGCGCUCUAAAGUUCAGCGUGAUAAAUCUAAGAAGGAAGAAACACCGGAGAUUCACUAUGAUUCACCCUUUGAACCGGUGGUUAUUCACAAAAUCCUCAACCUUUUGCGAUCGGACAUUUUCCAGGUGGAGGGACGUCAGGAGGACGCCGAAGAAUUCCUCGGUUGUGUAUUGAAUCGACUCAAUGAUGAAAUGCUUGAGCUGAUGAAGCUAAGCAAAAAUGAAUCCGAAGUCAACGGAGACGAUACCGCCAACGGGGAGGUACACGGUGACGAUCAGGAUGACUGGAAGGUUAUCCGUGGUAAUCGAAACAAGGGCACCAUUACGAGAACGACCGAUUUCGGUCGCUCACCGAUCAGCGAUAUUUUCGGCGGAAAGCUGCGAUCACGUGUGCAGCGCGAAGGCGAUCACGCGACAGACAACAUUCAACCGUUCUUCACGUUGCAGCUCGACAUUGAGAAAGCCGCUUCAGUGAAGGAUGCGCUCGAUCUGCUGGUUGGCAAGGACCAGCUCGAGGGUGUCACCUGUUCCAAAACUAAGCAAGAAAUUGCUGCCUGGCAGCAGGUUACCCUGGAAGAACUUCCGAUCGUAAUGAUCCUGCACCUGAAGUGUUUCGACUACAAGAUGGACGGUUGCACCAAGAUCCUCAAAACGUUGGAAUUUCCCAUUGAGUUAAAGAUUGAUUCAAAACUAAUGUCUUCAAAGGGUAAAACUUACACAGCGAAACAGAAGCAGUACAAGCUGUUUGCCGUUGUGUAUCAUGACGGCAAGGAGGCCACCAAAGGGCAUUACAUUACCGAUGUAUUCCAUGCCGGUUACGGUAGCUGGAUUCGCUACGAUGAUAGUACGGUUAAGGCGGUACCGGAGUUCAACGUUCUUCAUCCUAAGGCACCACGGGUACCUUAUCUACUGUACUAUAGACGACUAGAUACACAUUAUCACGGUGGCAGCAACGGAAGCAACAGUAGCGCUGCUUCAAGUAAUAAUAGCUCGGGAACAGGUGCGCCUGGCAGCUAUGGGCCUGGUAGUAACGCUAGUAGUAGCAACAACAACAACAGCAGCAGCAACAAUAAUACUAACACUAACAACAGUAACAGUGUAAAUAGCAACGUCAGUUCUACUGGAAAUAGUUACAGUGCAAAUAGUGGAUACAGUGGCGGCAGCGUUCCGAAGUAAACCUUUACGAAGGAGUCAGUGAAACAAGAAUCGGUUCUACGUGCAAGUGUCGAGCGAACGAAAAAAGACGUUUUUAUCUAGUUGUAAGUGUUUGUAGGUGUGCGCUUGAUAUAUGUGUGUAUGUCCCCGUAUACUAAAUUCCGGUUACGGAUGGUGUGUUAUUCCAAGCACGAAUUUUGAUCAUUGGGACCCAGACUGUUUUAGAGGAUCUUUUUCUUCGUAUGCUACACUGGAUGUGGAAAAAAGAACGUUGCAGAAACGCGAUAAAAUUGCGAAAGAUCAACGAAAAAAAAAAUGCGAAAAAAAUAACAUAAAAAACUAGUUUGUAGGUAGCUUUCCUAGAGACAUGAUUAGGGAAACCCGAAACCAAGAGAAAACAGUUCGUUAUCGUAUUUUGCGUAAUUAUGUAAUUACUAUUUCAGCUUGUUACUCAUUUGAAAAGGGGCUUUGUUUAUUUUUACAAAAUUAAUUAAUGUAUUGUUUAAGUUCCUCUGGGUAUAAUACUAAUCACUUCUUGUUUCGUAAAAUCGCUUUCAACUUACAUCUUUUAUUCGUAUAUUCAACAGUACCUAUUUCGCUAACAGGAUAACCUUAUACUGAUUUAUUCAUCAUGCUACUAGAAACGACUCCCAGAUGUUAACCAACGCCAUAAGUACAUAUGAUUGCACGCUGUACUCAUUUUAUACUUAUGGCGUUGGCAAGCGCAAGCAAACACACGAUUAACUAAUUCUUCUAUUGCACUAGUUUUCACAUAUUAUUGCUUUAGUCUUAUCUUUAAUCAUUUUUGUUGUAAGAAACGUCGUCUGUAAUCAAUUAAUGUUUAAAAAUGUAGAAUAAAACUGUUUUUCAAUAACGUAAGAAGUUUUAGCAGAAUGGAAGAUUUUUUUAACUGUGCGCAACACGCAUCAACUUGCUCAUUGUGUGAUCAGUUGACAUCAUACAAAAACAAAAUGUAUCUACAAGUCCUAAUGCACAGUAUCGUAUCUAGCGAUUUUUGUACUCAAUUCUGAAUAACCAAUUAAAACUAAAGUAAUUUGGUUUUUCUAACUUUUUUUUUUUCAAAUUACGCGCAUCGAAGUAAAAUUGAAAGUAUAAAUGUUUGCAUGAUUUGGUGAAACUUCUUACACUCGAAAUACAAAAAAAAAACUUAGAAAAUUGUUUUAAAAUUCAUUUGUAUCAAUAGUCGAGUGUUUAUUGUUCGGGUAAUUUCUUUUGUAAUAGGUACCCCGAAGAACUAACCGCUUUCCGGAACGUUCAACAUUUUUUUCGUAGUAAGGUAAACCCAAACUAUAGGGUCACUUCGGUGUACAGCUUAAAUAAUUUGAAAAAAAAAAAACAAAAUGCAUUACGUGUGCAUCAAAUGAGGUAGCUCACAGCCUAAAUUAGAAAAGCGUAGUCUUGGCUUCUUGAACAGUUUCGUAUGUUAAGUGUAAAACUAAAAAUAGUAAUUUUCUUAUAUUCGCUUACGACUUAGAGAAUAAGAACUAACCGUAUGGCACGUUUUAACCAUUUUGAAACAUUGAACCGUCAUCGAGGCGUUUUUUAUUACGGGCUUAACACAUAAGCAAACUAUCGCUUAGGAGGGCAUCUAAUUUCUUUUUUUUUGUCGAUUUUUUGUUUUUUUUACGAGUGGCGUCUUACACACAAAACCAAAAAAAAGGCACUUCAACUUUAUUCUGAGUCAAGCUUGAAAUAAUGGGUCCGAAUUGCUCAUUAAGCUGGCGUAGAACGCGUGUAGAUCAAGUAACAUACGGUUUGGCACAGUCACUUAGAGGUAGGAAUAUGUAUGAAAAUUGCGCGAAAAAUGAAUAAUAAUAAGCGUUAGAUUUAAAUCUGCAUGUAGAUUUUCGAGUAUAGGAGUGGAAUAGAGAUUAUUGACGGAACAGUGUCGUAUGAGUAAAGUAGAGUAGAAUGAACUGCGCUUUUGAUUGUCAUCCUUUGUGCGAAAAGAUAAACCGUUUUCUGAUCCGUUAGGGCUGUGUAUAACAUUAAUCCACGAACGUGAAGUUCAACAAAAUCGCUACUUUUAACUAAUAUAUGUAUAAUCUAAUCAUUCUAGCGCUAGGGUAAGAAGUCAAACAGGAUUUAUCAAUAUGCAUAUGUGAAACAUUCGAAACAAACGAUAGAGUUAGAACAAAACAGUAGGAUCAAACAAGCUAACACUAACUGUAACGUAGUAUACUAGCCAAAUCAUGUUUAAUCUCUUAGGGAAGUGAGAAGUUCGAAUACCCAACAGUAAUAAAAUUACUGAAACGGACAUAAAGAGACUAAUCGAAACAAAACAUUACUAGAAACAGCAAGUUUUUUAGGGCGUAGGUUUUUUUUUCUACUAGCCGAUAGUGCUGCAACAGCGGCGAUAGAUGUACGUACUAGGUGUAGCGACUGUUGGUGUGUCAUGAUCCGGUUUGAUAAAAAAAGCAUGAUAAAAUAAAAACGUUACAAUCUUCGAGUUCGUACGAGUUCAGUAGAUAAGUGCACUUAUUAAUAAAAAUAAUUAAACCAUGUGUGGGUGCAGCAGCAAGCAAAUGGCGAUCAUAUAUGAAGAAACAUUCAAAUUAUAACAUACCCCUACUAUAUAUAAUAUAAACAGCGGACUAUUCCGGUAUAGAUGGCAACCUAUUAUUAGAAGCUUUUCAAUUAUUUACCCGUAUUGUAGUACGUUUUGCUAAUUGUAAUUUUAUCUACUGGAUUGGUAUUCAAACAUGCACUGAAGAAAACUGUUCUCAACCGUUGCUCAUUUCCCUAAGGCAUUGCUCUUAUGUUCCAGUAUAAAGAUUCGUUUUUUUGUGUUUCACUAUAAUUUCUUAAAGACAACUAAAACUGUGUUUUUGAAAAGUUAUAAUAUAAACACAUUUAAAAUAAAAAAAGCAAAAAAAAAGAAACAAACCUGACCUACAGCUGUCAUAAAAUUAAGUCACGUGGAAGCAAAAUUCAAACAAAAUAAGACUAGACGCGGCGUGCGAAAAAUGAUCAGAACCUAAUCCGGCUGAUGCUAAACCAAGCAAACAGGCAAGUUGAGUGUUGCAUACAUGUAGAGAAGAAUCGUGGCAGUGUGCGUGUGUGUCAACGGCUAAAACAAGGAAUAAAUAUUAGAUUAUUUAAUAUAAGGAAA